ACCCUCAAAGAACAGUGAAACAAGGAAGGAGGCGCUCGGUUAGGGCGCCUUGUCUACUUGAGAGGGAGUAGUUGUAAAUUAUUACGAAUAUUUACACCUCAAAUAACCAAUAAAUUUGUAUUUCAGCAUGACGAUCAUAUUAUUUCUAGUUGAUACUAGUGCUUCGAUGAAUCAAAGGACGUAUCUUGGCGCAAGACCAACUCUUUUAGAUGUAGCAAAAGAUGCUGUUGAACGUUUCAUCAAGAUAAGACAGCGGGACUCUGCUAGUAGAGGAGACAGGUACAUGCUGCUCACUUUUGAAGAACCACCUGUACACGUCAAGGCUGGUUGGAAAGAAAACCAUGCAACUUUUAUGAAUGAGUUAAAAAACCUAAAUGCUAUAGGAGUAACAACAAUGGGUCCAGCACUAAGAAAUGCCUUUGACUUGCUGAAUGUGAAUCGUAUGCAAACAGGGAUUGAUACAUAUGGCCAAGGUCGAUGUCCAUUUUAUUUGGAACCAUCCAUUAUAGUAGUUAUUACUGAUGGUGGUAAACUCUCUUCUUCAGACUCCCAGCUGAACCUUCCAAUGUCCUCCAUGCCUGGAUCUGAGCUAACUAAGGAGCCCUUCCGAUGGGACCAGAGAUUGUUUGCACUAGUACUGCGUUUGGCUGGAACCCCUUACAUGGAGCGAGACUCAGGGUCUGUAGUGCCCCCUGACAGUUCUCCAAUUGAUGCAAUGUGUGAGGUUACAGGGGGACGAUCUUAUGCUGUCACUUCUCAUAGAGUAUUGAUGCAGUGCCUAGAGUCAUUAGUACAGAAGAUCCAGAGUGGGGUAGUCAUCAACUUUGAAAAAAUUGGCCCUGAUCCUCCUCCCGUUAUUAAUGAAGUGUAUUCAGAAACAACAGAAGAUAAGCAAAUAAACGAGACACCAAACCAUAAGGUGCCAGCUGCAGGACAGAAUGGGUUAGGACAACAAACACCUCAUUCCAUUACAAGCACUGCCUGGCAAAGUUCCCAUAAACUGAUUUAUGUCCAGCGUUCUGCACAGAAAGGUUACUCAGUUGGUCAUUGGCCAAUUCCAGAGUCAUUUUGGCCAGAUCUCAACAGUCCAGCUUUGCCUCCAAGGACAGCUCAUCCAGUCUUCAAGUUUACAUGUACAAAUUCAGAACCAAUGGUGAUUGACAACCUGCCAUUUGAUAAAUAUGAACUUGAACCCAGUCCUUUAACUCAGUACAUACUCUCCAGAAAACAGCCAACUGUUGCAUGGCAGGUUUAUGUAAGUGGCAGUCACAAAAGCAGUGAGCUUGGUCACUCUUUUGGUUAUCUGAAAGCCAGUACCACGCUGACAUGUGUCAACCUCUUUGUUCUGCCAUAUAACUAUCCCACUCUUCUCCCCUUAUUAGAUGAAUUUUUCAAAGUUCACAGAUGUAAGGCUCCUAAGGAAUGGAAACAGAAUUUUGAAAGCUAUUUAAAAAACAUGCCUCUUUAUUAUGCAGCUCCACUAAAGAGGGCAUUGCAACGAAUGGGAGCCCCUAGCUUGGUACCAGAAAACAUGGAGAACUGUCUUAGUUACAGUAUUCUUAAUUACCUGAAGAGACUUAAAAAUCAGGCCAAGUCAGAAUAUGAAAAAAUAUUGCUAAUGGUUGGAUCGAACAAACAAGCCAGCACAGAAAGCAUCAGGAUCAAUCUUGGAGUCCAUCGUCCCAGUUUGCACACACAAAAGCUAUCUGAUCUUUGCUUAACAUCAAAUCCCUGCCUGGCAGAUAGAUUCUCCAGUCUAAUUUCAGAACUCAAUGAUUUCAGUGGUUUUAAUUUGGCUGUGAAAGAUAAAGAAAUGAAAACUGAAAGUUAUAGGAAUCCAUUUGACAUCUCCCGCAUAAGUCUGCUUGACCAAAUUACACGAAUGAGAGGAAAUUUCCUUCAAACCACACUAUCACGCUUGAGAUUGCAAGAUGAAGAUCAACUACAUACUUUGCCUGUUGGACAAAUGGGUAAUUACCAGGAAUAUUUAAAAAGAAUGCCAACACCCUUGAGAGAAAUUGAAUCAACUCCUGUGCGACAACAUAUGUUUGGAAACCCUUUCAAAAUUGAAAAGCGUAUGAUGGUUGAUGAAGCUGACAUUGACCUAGUUGGAGGUGGAAGCCCACAAGCUAGAGGAAUCAAGAGACUAACUGAUGGACUACUUGGUGCCCCAAAACCCAAAAGAAAACCAGGACCUCUACCUAAAGACUUUCCUGUUAGGCGACCAAAAAGUCCUUCACCGUUGCAGUCUGAAGAUUGUUUUGUUAGUCCUGUCACUGACAUCCAUGAAAAGAAAGCAUCAGAUCAAAAACAAGAGAGUAAACAAGCAUUGGUAGAUGAAGAAGUAGAUGUCUCACAAGAGUCACCAACAUCAGUGAGAAACUAUGUUACAAAUCAUAUCGAUGUAAUGAGUAUUCAAGAAGAUGAAGAGAUUCCAGUAACCCAAAGGAAUGGGGCUGUUCAUAACUACUAUUAUGCCAGAACUGCUGAGAAAAAUUCUGUGUUAAGAGCUAAGUUGUUCAAAGAAGUUAGAAAACCUGGAAGAGAUUUCAGUGGUGUCUUUAGUCAUUUGAAUAACUUCAAUGUAGGUAUGCCAACUAAACUGUUCAUGGUUCGUGAGGUGAUUCAUGAAGCAGGAAGGUUCAAAAGAAAAAGUUUAAUUAAAUUGCUUGAAGACUUUGAAAAAACAUUGCUUGCUUCACACAACAGCUCAUCUCCCUUUUCCAGGAAUAGUUCAUUUAUCCCUCAGCUAAGUGACACUAGGUGACUUGCUCAUGUUUAGGCUAAAUAAAAAAUAUAAUGACAGGGUAGAAUAAAUAUUACAAAGUCACAAAGUGGCCUAUGUCUGCAAGAUAAAGAACAUGGAAGACAUUAAAGAUCAAAGGUGGCUGUGACAGUUACUUCUGUAGUGAAUCAUUGUGGUCAAGAUAAUUCCUGUGGCCUUUGGAGUUUAUUAUGCUUACAGUUGAAUGGGAAAAGUAAAUAUUUGUUGACGAGCUUACAAAACUAACACAAGUAGAAACGUGGCAGACAAUAUUUUGUUUUUUAUAACUAAACUGUGAUUUGUAACAUGUACUCUAACCCAUUCAGUCACAACCAUUAUUUCUAGUAGUGAUCUUACUAGCCUACCCAGGAUUUCAUGAUGUUUUUAUAUGCCGUAUGAGCCACAUAUUACAGUAUUCUUGCUCCAAAACUAGUAAAAAAUAAUUACCUAAAGAGUAAGAUGAAUAGUAACUAUUUUUUGUCAGUCAUUUUAUGUCAAGCAGUUGUUAAAGCUAUUAAUCAAUUUGGUCAUUGUCAAACAUUUUUUAUUCUACAUCAAUCAAUGUUAUUCUUUUCUACGAGGGGUGGGGGUGCUGGUGAUAAAAGGAUAUAUUGAAAAAGAAAUUUGUAAGUAAAAUUUCAUCUUGAUCGAAUGAAGAGAGACUUUGUUUGAUAUAUUGUGAAGACUAUUUUAUUAGUGAAAUGGUUAUCCAAAGAUAGGUUGUUCUUACAUAUUGAAUUAGAAACUUUUCAAUUUUCAAGGAAUUAUUCUCAAAUUUCAGUUUAUUAAGUUACUUUUACAAAUGCAAAUAAUGAAAUAAAAAGACGUUUGUGUGUGUGUGUCUAUAUAUAAUUACAACUCUGAACACUGAUAGCUACUCAGACUUGUAUGCAGAGGUGUAGUGGGUGGGAAUGCGUGUGUAUGGUGUACCUGUACUUUUAUUUUGUUUAGCCAGAAUUCUGUACCACCAUUAUUGUGAACAAAUCCCACCUUACGUGGUUAAAUGUGUUCCAGCACUUCUUUAUUUAACACUACAGUACUGCUUGUAUGCCAAGUUGUAUAUACGUUUCCAGACACUGGCAGAUUUUAUCACAUUAUCAGUUCUUGAUUUUAAGUUGGAAAAUGCAAGGUGUUCUUCCUUAAAUAUGUAGGUUGAAGUAAAAAAGCCAACAUAUCUAAUUUGUUUAGGACAGGUCAAAAUAAAGUAGCCAACAAUAGGACAUUCACCUCUCACAGUUGCCCAUUUAUACAUAUAAAACUAGGCUAGUAAGUUUGAGUAAUAUUGAUGUUAAGAGUUGUAAUGUUACAUAAUUCCACUCAAGAGUUCAAAAGUAAUUUUUUAUCAGUUGAUUGUGAAGUAUAAAUAUUAAUGUAAUGGUGUUAUCUAACUGUUUAGAAUUGGUUUGUUGAAAUUAUAUCUUAAGUUUUAGCAUGAAACCGUUAUUGUACAACAAUGUAUGAAAUGAAACAAGCAAUAUAUAUAAAUGUAACAAGGUAAAUAACUGUAGCAUUAAUGCAGAAGCUGUAAUGCUUUAAGAGUUACACUUUUUUUUACAAAGCCCAUCUUUAAACUGUUAUUCAUACUGAAAUCUGUCAUUUUGAAAACAUCAGUUUCAUCUUACUCAACAAAAAUAUCCUUAUUUUGGUAGAACUCCAAAGUUUUAUGUAUUACUUUUUCUGUGAGGUGUUCAGUCCUUUGUAGUCUGGUGUUAAAUAAGAGUGUUUAUUAUUAACAAAAUUAAUCGUGUAAAUUAAAAUUAAAGCAGCCCAAGGAAAGGUAGACCUUCCUUCAUUAUUGUUGAA